AUGCAGUACGGCCAGAUCCUUCACAGGCGCGGCCCGGACGAUAGCUUCCUCAACCUGAACGUGGGUGGCUUUAAGCAGCGCGUGGAGCGCAGCAUCCUGCAGCGCUUCCCCAGGACCCGCCUGGGACGCCUGCUGUGCUGCGUCUCUGAGGAGGCCAUCCUGGAGCUCUGCGACGACUUCAGCCCCACCGACAGGGAAUACUACUUUGACCGCAACCCGUGCUUCUUCCGCAAUGUCCUGAACUUCUACCACACGGGCAAGAUCCACCUGAUGGAGGAGCUGUGCGUCUUCUCCUUCAGCCAGGAGAUUGAGUACUGGGGCAUCAAGGCGCUCCACCUGGACUCCUGCUGCAGCAACAAGUUUCAGGAGCAGAGACAGUUUGCAGAGGACAAGGACUGGGACCGGAGGAGUGGUGAGCAGCAGCAGCAGUUUGGGAGCAUUGACUCGUCCAUGGAGGAGCUCUCAACUAUGGACAAGGACCUGGAGAAGUUCGAGGGUACCUGGUGCUCGGAGGUCCGCAAGAACAUCUGGCUGCACCUGGAGAACCCGGGCUACUCGUGUUUGGCCAAGGGGAUCGCCGUGGCCUCGCUGGCUGUGGUGCUGACGUCCAUCGUGGCCAUGUGCGUCCACAGCAUGCCCGAGUUCCACCAGGUGGACCUCAACGACAAGGAGGUUGAAGACCCGGUGCUGGCCAUCUUCGAGGCUGUGUGCGUCAUCUGCUUCUCUGUGGAGUUCCUGGUGCGGCUGGCAGUGGCGCCGUGCGCCCGUAAAUUCAUGAGCAACGCUCUCAACAUCAUCGACUUUGUUUCCAUCGUUCCCUUCUACGCCACACUGGCCUUUGAGACAGUGGACGAGGAGAACGAGGAACUGGAGAACGUGGGCAAGGUGGUUCAGAUCCUGCGACUGAUGCGAAUCUUCCGCAUCCUCAAGCUGGCGCGUCACUCGGUGGGGCUGCGCUCACUGGGUGCCACGCUAAGGCACAGCUACCACGAGGUGGGCCUCCUGAUUCUCUUUCUCUCUGUGGGUAUAUCCAUUUUCUCUGCGCUUAUCUACUUUGUGGAGAAGGAGUCAGAAGAGUCGGACAUAACGACCAUCCCCGUAGGCUGGUGGUGGGCCACUAUUAGCAUGACAACAGUGGGCUACGGCGACACCUGCCCGGUGACGGUUGUAGGGAAGCUGGUGGCCACCAUAUGCAUCGUCUGUGGGAUACUAGUGGUGGCCCUGCCCAUCACCAUUAUCUUCAACAAGUUCUCCAUGUACUACCAGAGGCAAAAGGCCAUGGAUGCCAAUCAGAGCAAUAAUGAGACCGACCAAUGCAAUAAUAAUAACGACAUUAAGAUCCCCGACCCCAGUCUAACAUACUUUAAUGUCGGCGACCAGUACACCUUAAAGAUGAACUCAUUCAUCACCAAUAUCUCUGUCAGGAGCAGCGUCGGCAGUGAGGAAGACACGGACGCAUCGAGCAUCCAGGGUGGAGAGACGACUUGUAUCCUGAGGGACACUUGA